AAUAAAAAUGGGUGCCAGAUGGCGUCAUGCAGGCCCGCCAGAGGAGAGCAGAGUCAAACACCUUCUGGUUUGACUCAGUCCCUAAGACGAAAGUCAAAAAUAAAAAACCAACCGCCCAAAUUCCCAUGGAGGAAAUCAAAUUCAACAAGUUAUUGAUCAUAAUAUUAUCUCCUUUCAUGUUCAAUCCAAACCCUUUUACGUCAGAAUCGAGUAGACGACUUGAUGAAAAAAGUAUUCUGUAAAAAUCGUACGCAAAUUUGAAAUUUCAGUUUCCUCGUCAUUGUUCAUGCUUUUCUGUUCUACCUUCCAUAGUCGCUGUUUCUUGUUUCUAUAAUUAGGGCUGCGGAAUGCGAAUCUCAACAACUGAGAAAUUAAGGAAGUUGGGUGGAGGCGGAACUUGAAUCGAACAUGAUGGGAGGAGGAAUUUAUUCUGACGAUCAAGGAUCGACGAGGAAGCACUACUUCGGGAGUGAGAAUUUCCAAUUCGAUCGAAGCUUAAGCGAGAAUGAAGAGGGGGGAUCGAGCGAGCUGUUCGAGAUCGAGCUCGGGAUUGAGGUGCGAUCGAAUCGUAAACAGGAGGACGAUUGCGAGUGCGAGUUCGAGGGAAGCUGGUUCUCGUUCGAUUUUCGCAAAUCGAACCACUGCGUUUACGUCGGGAUUGGCGAUAACAUCGAUUCCAGUAUGGACGCCUUGAAAUGGACUCUCAACUUCGCUGUUUUGCCCUCCACUGUCGUCUAUCUUCUGCACAUCUUCCCUGAGAUCCGAUUCGUGCCCAGCCCACUGGGAAUGCUUCCGAAGAGCCAAGUUAGUCCAAGGCUAGUGGAGAGGCACAUGGCCGAAGAGAGAGCAAAGAGGACAGAAUUUCUUCGCAAGUUUGUUGAUACAUGUUCUGCUGCUGAGUUUGAACAGGUUAAAGUGGAGGCUGUGAUGAUUGAGAGUGAUAUGGUGGCCAAGGCAAUUCUUGAUCUUAUUUCCAUUUUCCAGAUAAGGAAGUUGAUACUUGGGAGCACCAAAACCAGAAAAUGGAGGUCUAAAAGAGGAGCGCUGGCCAGACAAGUACUGCAGAAUGCAGGAGAAUUUUGUGAUGUGAAAAUCAUAUGUGAAGGAAAGGAAGCUACCUACCAAAUGAUUGAGUCGUCGUCGUCUUCAUCAUCGAACAUCCUCUCUCCGAACAUCAGCGACAAUGAAAAUUUCGAUAUCAAGAGGAUGCAGAAAAAAUAUCGCCACAACAGUUUCUUUUGGUGCAGGUGUUUUGGCUAUUAAACUCCAUCAUCUUCAUGUCUCCUAUUUUCUGCUAACCUUGUGUUAGCAGACACCCUU